UGUCCACGUGUGUCGGGGGCCGCGAGGGCCGGGAGGACGCAGCCGCACGGCCGGGGACAGCAUGGGAAGGAGGCUGAGCAGUGACCGGAAGUCCUCAGGGGCGGCGGCCGCGCGGGGGACAGUAUUACCUUUACGAACUUUCGGGAAGCACUGUUACUGAGCGGCCUAGACAAAUCUGUCCAUAUGUAAUUGUGGCUUUUCAAUACAGGGAACCCAAAAAGAUGGCAGCACCAGCUCGUGAAAGCAUACUUGAACUCAGUGAAAAUGUUCUCAGAUCUCCAUGGAAAGGGAGAUUAACUAUUCAAGGCUGUGUGCUAUGUGAUAUAACUCUCUGGCCCACUUACGGUACAGUGCUCCCAACACAGCUACCACAGGAACUAGAUUUUAAGUAUGCAAUAAAAGUGUCUUCCUUGAAAAAACGACUACCAGAAGCUGCCUUUAGAAAACAGAAUUACUUGGAGCAAAAAGUCUGUUGCCAAAGUUUGUGCUUCAAUCUGUAUGAGGUGGAACUGUCAAACAGACAAGGGGAAAAAAUAGAUAAACUAACAGAAUACAUUAAAAAGAACCAAUUGGGGGAGAACCCUUCAUCCAAACCAUCACUUCAGUCUCGAACUGGCCUGUGUCAUCUGGACGUCCAUCGGCCAGUACUGAAAAAGACAUGGAUGACACUGGGUGGCUGA